UCAAGUAUGAUGGAGGAGCUGAGACAGAUCCUCACUGGAGUCCAGAGAGCAGGAAGACGAUGGAGUCUCUGGGAAAACUGGCUUUUGAGCAGCUGCAGAAAGGAAACCUGAUCUUCUAUGAAUCCGACCUAACAGAGUGUGGCAUCGAUAUCAGAGCAGCCUCAGUGUACUCAGGAGUGUUCACACAGAUCUUUAGAGAGGAGAGAGGCCUGUACCAGGACAAGGUGUUCUGCUUCAUCCAUCUGAGUGUUCAGGAGUUUCUGGCUGCUCUUCAUGUCCACCUGGCCUUCAUCACAUCUGGAGUCAACCUCAUUGAGGAACAACAGAGGACAUUAAGCCAUCUUUACCAGAGUGCUGUGAACAAGGCGUUACAAAGUCCCAAUGGACACCUGGACUUGUUCCUCCGCUUCCUCCUGGGUCUUUCAUUACAGACCAAUCAGAGUCUCCUACGAGGUCUGGUGACUAUGACAGGAAGUAGCUCACGGACCAAUCAGGAAACAGUCCAGUACAUCAAGGAGAAGAUCAGUAAGAAUCUGUCUACAGAGAAAAGCAUCAACCUGUUCCACUGUCUGAAUGAACUGAAUGAUGGUUCUCUAGUGGAGGAGAUCCAACAGUUCCUAAGUUCAGGACAUCUCUCCACAGAUAAACUGUCUCCUGCUCAGUGGUCUGCUCUGGUCUUCAUCUUACUGUCAUCGGAAGAAGAUCUGGAAGUGUUUGACCUGAAGAAAUAUUCUCGUUCAGAGGAGGCUCUUCUGAGGCUGCUGCCAGUGAUCAAAGCCUCCAACAAAUCUCUACUGAGAAGCUGUAAUCUGUCAGAGAGAAGCUGUGCAGCUCUGUCCUCAGUUCUCAGCUCUCAGUCCUCCAGACUCAGAGAUCUGGAUCUGAGUUUCAACAAGCUGCAGGAUCCAGGAGUGAAGCUUCUGUCUGCUGGACUGGAGAGUUCACACUGUAAACUGGAGAGUCUCAGAAGAAAGUGUCAGAUAGAUCAAGUUGCAGUGUUCAAAGAGUUUAAUAUUCGGCGCCACUACGAGACUCAUCAUAAAGACAAGUAUGACCACUUGAAAGGACAAAUAAGAAAAGACGAGAUAAACAAAUUGGUCGCUGGUCUGAAGAAACAGCAGUCUGCUUUUACGCGCAGCCGCGAUAUCGCUGAUGGGGCUGUAAGAGCCAGCUAUAUUAUUGCCAACGAGCUGGUCCAGGCAUCCAAGCCAUUUGCAGAUGAUGAGAGCACCGAUGUCACAGAUAUUGCUCAACUGGCCAUAUUCAUUAGAGGUGUUGAUGAAACUUUGGCCAUCACCGAGGAGCUGCUUGAAUUGGUGCCCAUGAAUGACACCACAACAGCAGAUGACAUUUUCAAGUCUCUUGUUGGAGCGCUGGACAAGGUGGAGGCAGACUGGUCCCGUGCUGUGAGCCUGGCGACCGACGUGAUCAUGACAUUCAUGCUGGCCUACCCCACACUGACGUGCGCUGGUUAA